CAUACGCGCACGCACACCGGACGCAGCACGACGUGGUACGACCGCGAGACCACGACACCGCGCGACCGACGACGGUUUCGUUUCCGCGGAUUUUCGUCGGGUGGAAACAAUUUCCAGUAGAACCGACGCACUCGUCGACCGCGGCAAAAACACCCAUUAUUAAUAUAAUAUUAUCACGUCCUUAUUAUUGUCAUAUACCUGUCACCACCGUCCUCGGACCGCGUUUUUCCUGGUGCUUUGAGGGCGCCUCCGUGGUACAUAUAUAUAUAUUUUAAUAAGUUUUUUACUCGGUUGUCGUCUUACCAUACGAUCGGUUCCGGCGGUCAGUCGCCGGGGAAAAAAACCGGGCAAACCGCGACCCAUUAUAAUAAUAAAAUAUUUCGAAAAAAUAUCGAUUUCCCAAACAAACUCGCAACGGUUUUCGCCACUAAUCGACGUCGACACGUUAUCGCCGAGUGGUGCAGGUGGUGGUCGUCGCUUGAAAAUAUACAUAUUAUUAUUAUUAAUGUUUAUGUAAUAUAUAUAUAUAUUAUCCGAGAUAUUGUACGAUAAACGUAAGCGUAUAUCGUCGCAAAGUCGGCUGUGACUCUGUCCAAGGCGAUAAUAUUCACACUGCCGAUGUUUAAACGAUUCGUACGAAACGUGAUGCCCGUCGUGAUUUUGUGCAGAGCGCGGACCCGAUGGCUCACGAAUUGAUGGCAACCGACGGCCGCGAUGCUGCCCGUAUCCAUACAGAUGCGCAUCUUGUGGACGUUUGCGAUGGGCACCGUGUUCGUGGUGCUGUUGCAGUACCAGACGUCCGGCGCCUGGUCCCCGCAACAGGGCCAACCCGCGGCCCGGCCCGACCCGGUAGCCGAGAGCCUGGUGUCGUUGGCCCUGUCCAAAGUCGUGGUGGACGAGGACGCGGGCGUCUCCCGGGACUUGCUGAUGGGCAUUUCCCGGCAGAUCGCCAGGUACGUGGUGUACAGCACCAGUUGCAGUGGCGGUGGCGUCGUCGUCGGUAACGGCUUCGGCGGAGGUGGCUACGGCGGCGGCUUCGGGGCGGCCACCGUCGAACCGAACACCAUUUUUGUCAUCACGCCCACGUACCGGCGGCCCGAGCAGGUGGCCGACCUCACCAGACUGGCCCAGACGCUCAUGCUGGUCAGGGACGUACACUGGCUGGUCGUCGAGGACUCCAACACCAAAUCGCCGCACCUCGCGGUCCUGCUGCAGUCGUUCGGCGUCAGAUACAACCAUUUGAUCGCACCGAUGCCGGAAAGAUUUAAGAAAAUCCGCGGUGCCAAACCCAAAGGUGUGGCCAAUCGAAAUCGAGGUCUAAAAUGGAUACGACAGAACGCCGUCGAAGGUGUAGUGUAUUUCGCCGACGAUGAUAACACUUAUGACGUCAGAUUGUUCAAUGAGAUGCGUUAUACGCAAAAAGUAUCCAUGUGGCCCGUAGGAUUGUGCACAAGGACUGGUCUAAGUACACCAAUUGUAAAGAAUGGCCAGUUAAUUGGGUUUUACGAUGGUUGGAUCGCAGGCAGGAAGUUUCCAGUCGAUAUGGCUGGGUUUGCGGUUAGCGUCAAAUUCCUACUAGAAAGGCCUAAUGCUCAAAUGCCUUACAAACCAGGAUUCGAAGAAGAUGGGUUUUUGAGAACCUUAGCUCCUUUUGAACCUCAUCAAAUUGAAUUAAAAGCAGAUAAUUGCACCAAAAUACUAGUGUGGCACACACAAACGAAGAAGAAUGAACCAUCGCUGAAAGUGGACAAGGAAAAAUAUAAAAACACAAACAUUCUUCGCUUAAAGGACAUCAUAGUCUGAUACAUUAAAGUCAUCGUAGUCGAAGGAUUUCGGUUGGAAAAUGUUUUUUUUUUUGUAUAUACCUAUGCCAUGUCGUAUGCACAUACGAUUUGUUUUAGCCGUGAUCUGGGAUUUGCUCAAUCACGGUUUUUGAUUAGUUUAGUUUUCCCGGGCAUUAUGAUUUCGUCUUUUUUUUUAUUUGCGCCCUCAAUUUCUGUAGAUAUAUUUCGUAACUUAAAUUAUCUAUUGUUUAUAAGUUAUAUGUACAUUAUUAUUAUUAUUAUUAUAAAAUGUUAUUUUUUUUAUUUUGUUAAUCGAUUUGUUUUCUCAAAUUACUAGUCAGCCGUGUUCCCUGUCAUAGCUGGAAAGGUAGGAGUGAGGGACACCCGGUCUUACAUUUAUUAAUCAGUACUUUUAUUAUUAUUAUUAUUUUGUAGUUUUCGAUAAAGCUGAUGUACCGAACUCGCACAAACGCCAAAAAAAAUAUGAAAAGUAUGACAUUCGGCUGAUUGUUAUUUUUCUAAGCCUAGGUAUAUAAUCCAACAAACCUAAAGGAAAAAUGAACUUUAUUUUAUGUAACUAUUUAUAUUGAGUUUAGUAUUUUUAGUCGCAAGAGUAUUUUUAUAAAACAAGAAUAGGUAUUAUUACUAAGUCGUAGUAACCGAUCGGUAGGAUCCGAUCUUAAUUACCAAGCGGCAGAAACACGUAGGUAACCGAUAUGUACCUGCACUGUAACUUCUGAAUAUCUUUUUUUGUGAUGUACGUAGUAUUAUGAUGUAUUUUCGACUACGUGCCGCAUAAACGAAUGCCAAACGUGCGGUAUACACCGAGAUAAAAACACACGCGUGAGUAGAUAGUGACCGGGCACGGAUUAAGAGAGAUUUGGAAGGGACAAUUCGCGUAUAAGCAUAAUACGUGUUGUAUAAUAUAUUACACACAAUUUUCCUCGUACACUUUUCAUUUCAAAAGUACCUUCACAUAAUGUUACAUUUAUUUUCUAUUUUUUGGGGGGUAUAACACGUGUUUAUUAUUGAUUUGCAUAAAAAAAUUAGUGUUCUUCGAAAAAUGUUCAAGUAAUAUAUUCUCCAGGAACCGUCUCUGAAUAUAACGACUGCGAUGAGUCCUGUUAGUAGUAAGCUUGUGUAAUCUAUUAUUGCAUAUAUCUUACUAUAGCCGUCGAACGUUUUAUUUUCUUGAUUGUACAUAUUUUGUCUCUGUGUGGUUUGGGAAAUUUAGUAUUAUGCGUUUGGGCAAUUUUAAAAUAUUAUACAACAAUGUUUUUUUUGAUCCGAGUAAUUAAUGAAUUGUUCUUCUAUAACCUACAUUUUCUAUCGAUACGCCGAAAUAAAAAGAUCCGUUUUUAAACGGUUAGAUUCAAUAAAAAACAAAGUUUUCAAUCGAAAAACAUUAUGUUUAUUUAUUUUGGUUGUGUAAAUGUAGUCAAUUUUAAGAUCAACGUUUAUAUCCGAUCACUAUUAUACAUGUAUGACUGAAUUUUUUUAUAAUUCACUGAUAAAAUUUAUUAUAACAUAAUAACAUUUGAUAAAUCUAUAAAAUAUAAAUAUUAGUCAAUAUUUCUGGUCACGAAAUAAAAUUGAUAAUACAAUUUUAUCAUAGUCGCUUAAGUACAUAGGAUAAACAACCAAAUACUUAAAGUUCCCAAUACUGUAUAAGACCGCUGCCGGGACUUCGUAGGUACUUACGUGGUUCUAUAUAAUUAUGAACGUUAUCGUGUUCCGAGUAAAAUAUUAUAGUACAUAAUAAUAAUGAUCAUUCUUGACGACUAAAGUGUUUUUUCUGCACCAUUAGAACACCGUCAUAAGUCUCAACUACCAAGAACUUUUGUCCGACACCGAUAACACACCGGUUAACUGUUCAGAAGGUAUUCACAGUUAACCAUAAAAUGUGUAUUUUUUACUAAUUUUUUUCAUGAAAAAUUGAUAGACAAAUUUUUUUCAUUUUUUUUUUUGUCUACACAUUAUUUUUAUUACAACAAUAUGCAGCCAAAUAAAUUUAACGAAAAUAAAAAUUCGAUAUUGCUGACUGCCGUGUUGUAAUCUUCUGCGUGUCCUACAACAAUACGUAAUAUUAUUUGUACGAUUGCAUUUUAAAAGUCCUUUAACUAUUUUACCAAUGUCAACUUAAAGUACCAUACCUUAAAAGUACACGUUUCGUAGAAAUCAAAUUUUUGUUAACGUUUACGGCUGCUUUUAUAAUCGCUUUAUGUAUACUCUGAUAAUGCAAAAUAUUUCUUUAAUUUUAAAGGGGGCGGAAAGAUUAAGGAUAAAAGAAAUUUGUAAAAUGGGAGUUGAAAAAAAUUACGCCAAUGCAAUUGAGCCUGCGGUUAACAUUAUUUUCGUAAAGCAAACGCUCGAGAUGUACCUACUCAUAACUAAUCGACUCGACCCCGAGUAUAGUCGCGGUAUCAUAAAAACUUACAUAAAAUAUAAAAAUAAUAGGAGUACAGUUACAGCAACGUUUAAAAAAUGACAAUCGCGUUUAUUGAAUUUUGUUUAAAACACGACCGUACACAGGUACUUUUUUUUACGAUUUCGUUAAAUAUUACGAGAACAAUACAAACAUAUUGUUUUCAUUUGCCGAGAUUGUAAAACCGGGUUCGCGUAAUUAUCGCUGCGAGCGGGCUAUCGAGCAUUCGUCGUUUAAUACAUACGCCUGAACUGAGAUUGUAGUGGACAAUACGCGACAGACAGACAACGUACGAUAUGUGGGUAAUAGGAAAACGUUUACCGACCGGCGACUUUAUUUUGGCAAAUACACUCGCAGUGGGGACGGUUGUAAAAAGGGCUGCUAAUGGAAUAAGAACACCGCUUGCAAUACUUGACUGCCGAUCUUUCACACAUUCGGUAAAAAGGUGCACUUACACCCUACUUAAAGACAAGAAAGGGCAUAAUUGAUGAUUUCAUGUACAGAUAAAAACGACGGACGAUUGGAUUUUGUAUAUAAUGUUUUAUACAUGGUAGAUUAAAUUGGCCUAAACGCCUCUGUGUAAUAUAAUACUACGUAUUAUAUAUUACACGAUUCCUGAUUAUGUAGUAAUUGUUGAUCCUAAUAAUUAGUUUGAAAGUUAAUCAAAAUAUUUGUAAUCUAUCAAUUAUUAUUCGAAUUAAGCUUUAAAAUGUAAUAAUUUAUAUAAUACGCAACAAAGAUAUUAUUCUGGAAAUUGUAUUAGAAAAUAUUUAUCAAGUUUUCGGUACGUAACUUUAAGUACCUACUUUAUGUACUUAUGAAAAAUACUUAGUAAAAAAUAUAUAUAGGUAUUGACUUUAAAGAAAUUAGUCGCAACUUGAAUAGGUGGUUAUGAGUGUUAUGAUUGCAUACGAUAAUCGAAAAUAUUUAGAUAUGUAUCUACAAUGAAUAGUAUAAUUACUAUUUUUAAAUGAUCGUCGGCUUAUCUACUUAUGUUUACCUAAUUUUUAUUAAAUAGUUCACAUUAAUUACAACUGAAAUCAAAUCAUUUAUGUUAGUCAAUGUAGUACCAGCUACUAUAGGUAGCUAAUUUUUAGAUUAUCUCGGGCGACCAAAUAUUAAUUAUUGGUAUAAUAUUAUAAUAUUAUAUAAUAUGAAACCUACUCAUUUAUAUUAUAGUGGAUUAUAUUUAGAGUAACUUUUAACACUUGUACAAUUAUUCAUAUUUCUAUGCUUCGAAGUUUUUUUUUUUUAAUUUAUACUUAUUUAUGUGAUUAUUUAUUUAUUUAUUAAUUUUAAUUCCAUUGUUAUAUUUUUAAAUCAUCGUUUUCAAACAUAUCCAACAUUUUUUGACCAUAUCAUCAAAUUUUAAACCUAUAAAUAAUGA